AUGGCUCAAGCCGCCGAAAAAGUUUCCUAUGAUUUGUCGUCUUCAGAUAUAGAGAAAGCACGCGUACCCCAUGAUGGGAGUAUUCUAACGCCUAAUUUCAGCAAUGCUUCAAGCCUGCCGCUUAAGGACCGGACAGAAGCACUGUUAUUUCGGCAUUAUAUCCAGAAACUAGCGAUUUGUCUAGACUUAUGCGAUCCACAUCGACAUUUCGAGUUGGUAGUUCCAGAGCGUGCUGCCGAAUGCUAUAUGCUCUUGAAUGCUAUUUUUGCUAUAGCUGCGAGGCAUCUAAGUCAUACGACAGAUUUUGACCCUCUGGCCUCGAACAGGUAUCACGAUGAGUGCCUAAGAUACCUCAUCCCAAUGUUAAAUCACGCUUCAACGGUAUCAGAUGAGAACUUAUUCGCGGCAACGAUUAUCUUGCGUAUGCUUGAGGAGAUGGAUGUUCCAACAACAGGCCAAGACACCUACAGUCAUCUACUAGGUAUUCAUGCUUUCGUUAAUGUCGGCGACCAAUAUAUGGGUCCGGGAAGUUUAAGUGCAGCGUCAUUCUGGGUAGGACUCCGACAGGAGAUCUAUAUCGCGGUCAUUACGCAACAGCCUGUCAAGGUGUCUUUAGACCACUUUGUAGUGGACCGGUCAUUUGAACCGGCCGACGACUAUACUUGGUCAAAUCGGGCGAUUGUACUUCUUGCGGACGUCCUCAACUUAUGCUUCGGGAAUAACUCGUUGGCAACAGGCCAUUGGAGUGCCCUAGAUGAGGCAUGCAGAAAGUGGUCUAGCACUCGACCCCCGUCCUUCAACCCCUUCUUUUACAAGGAACGUACGGCAACCUCGGCUUUCCCAGAAAUUUGGCAUGGGUCAGGUUGUCAUGUCAUUGGAAUUCAACAUCAUAUUCUCGCACAGUUAUUCUUAACUCAGUUUGAUCCUUCGAUACCCAAAGUAGGUACAAAUCGCCGAGCAGCAGUAAAGCAAAUGACACAUCGGAUUGAGAACCUUGUAAGGGAACUCUGUGGUAUCGGGGUAUGCAAUCAGUGGACUCCACCGGGAAUGUUUACUGCUUGCAUGGGCAUCGCUAUGUUUGGCGAUCAAUUCGGCGAAAGGUCCGACCAGGAAGCUCUAAUGGACAUUCUAAGGAAGACGGAGGCAGAUCACGCUCGUCCGACUGCAUCAAUACAGCAGCAACUGAUGAAAGCGUGGGGCUGGUUACCAGAAAACGACGAAUGA